AUGCGAGCUUCAACUAACAUUAGUUGCAGUAGCAAAAAAUCACAUCCAAAUUGCAACCUUUUUAACUUGGAUGCAAAGGUAUUCAAUAUUGUUGGAGCAUCAUGUAAACGUCGUGACAUUCUUCGCGAAAAACGUAAUGCUGAAGUUAUAGAAGCACUAAAAAAUAAUGAAAUUUCAACUGGUCGUGGCUUGAAUCAAGAAAUGAGUCUAAAAAGACCUAGAGAUACAUGUUGGAGUUCUCAUUAUGGUGCACUUGUUAAUCUUAUUCACAUGUUUUCUUCUAUAAUUUAUGUGACUGAAACUAUUAUAGAAGAUGGUUUAGAUUCUGAUCAGAAAGCAGAAGCAAAUAUCUUAAUUGGUUUACUCCAGACAUUUGAAUUCGUAUUUGAUUUACAUUUGAUGAAAGGUGUGCUUGGCAUAAGUAAUGAGUUGUCACAGGCAUUACAACAAAAAGAUCAAGAUAUUGUGAAUGCUAUGAAGUUGGUUGACAUUUCAAAGCAACAUUUACAAGCCAUGAGAGAUGAUGGGUGGAACACUUUGCUAGAAGAGGAACUUAAUAGUCGUUUUGAAAAUUCUGAAUUAUUACUUUGUGUUGCGUGUUUGAACCCAGAUAACUUAUUUUCAGCAUUCAACAAGGAGAAAUUGAUUCGGCUUGCUCAGUUUUAUCCAAGUGAUUUUUCAACAGUUCAAGUUUCUUUCUUGGAUAACCAACUUGAGACAUACAUCCAUGACAUGCGGUCCACUGAAGAGUUUUCAGUACUUAAAGGAAUUGGACAGCUUGCUGAAAAGAUGGUAGAAAUGAAUAAGAAUGUUUUAUAUCCAUUGGUUUACUCAUCAGUGACUUUGACAUUGAUCUUACCAGUUGCAACAGCUACUGUUGAAAGAGCUUUUUUAGCAAUGAACAUAAUUAAAAAUCGAUUAUGCAAUCAAAUAAGAGAUCAGUGGAUGAAUGAUUGCUUAGUCACAUAUAUUGAGAAAGAUAUAUUCAAAACUAUUGAUUGUGAAGAAAUCAUGCAACGGUUUCAAAAUAUGAAAAAUCAUCGAGGGCAAAUGAGUAAGCUAGAUGUGAAAAAAUAA